AUGGAAGCAGUGACUUUUGGAGGUGACAAUCCUCAACCACGUUUUGGUCACACUAUUUGUGUGAUAGCCCCUAACAAAAUUGCUCUUUUCGGAGGUAGGAUAUUGUUUAGAGGAAGGUGCUGUUGGGGACACUGGAAAAUAUAUUAUAACAGGAGAUGUCUAUAUAGGAGAUGUUAUUUAGAGAAAAUGGAAGAGAAUAGAAGCAAGUGGAAGUGUUCCAACAAAUAGAGCAGCACAUCAGGCAUCGGCAAUUGAAUUGAAUUAAAUGAUCAUUUUUGGAGGAGCAGUUGGAGGAGGGGGUUUGGCUGAUGAUAAUUUAUUUGUUUUUGAAUUACGCGAUGACACAGGUACAUGGAUUACAGUACCAGUGAUUGGCACUACUCCUGGCAGAAGGUAUGGUCAUACUAUGGUUCUAAUAAAACCGUAUUUAAUUGUCUUUGGAGGUAAUACAGGAUAAGAACCUGUAAAUGAUGUUUGGAGUUUCAAUUUGGAGAAAUCUCCAUAUUCAUGGUCUAAAUUGGAAUGCACAUCAGAAUUGCCUUGUGUUAGAGUCUAUCAUUCGGCUGCUCUCUGCAAUACAGGAUCAGCAAAUGGAAUGAUGGUGGCAUUUGGAGGUAGAACAAGUGAUUAGAGUGCUUUGAAUGACACUUGGGGAUUGAGAAGACAUAGAGAUGGAAGAUGGGAUUGGGUAAGAGCUCCUUAUAAAAACUAAAAUGAAAUACCUACUCAAAGAUAUUAGCAUUCAACUUUAUUUUUGGGAACAUUGAUGUUGGUAAUAGGAGGUAGAUCAAACUAAGUGGGAGAAAUUCUUCCAUUUGAAAUUUAUGAUACUGAAACCUCUGAGUGGUAUAAAUUUCAAUCAAUCCAGAGGUUCAGACAUUCAUCAUGGUUAGUUGAUUAAUUUUUAUAUCUCCAUGGUGGAUUUGAUUCAGAUCAACCCAAUAUUCCUACUGAAGGAAUCUUAAGAUUAGAUCUUAACAAACGAUUUGCAUAAACUCCAUAAUUGUUGAGGUAAUUGAAUACUGUAAGAAAUGAUAAUGCUUUCAUGUAAUCAUUCAAUCCUCGUGCUACUCCAAAUUUAAGCAAUAAUAGUACUCAAGAGCAAUUUAGAAAAACAAAUUAGUAGACUCAGUAGAGAAGUAUAAUUUAUUUUAUAAAUUUAGACUAAUAAAGUUAAUAAUAGCUUCGUGUUCAAACUGCGAAUAACAAAAAUGUUAGAUUAGCUAAUUAAGCUUUGGUGGCCAUGGUUUAUGGUCCUGAAGAAGAUAUAACUAAUCAAGUUAAGAAGGUGCCUAUUGAUAAAUUGUAGGAUGAACACAGGAAAUUGGGUGCUGGUUUCCAAGAUCCCAAUUCCUAAAAUAAAUCUUAACUUGUUGAAUAAAUGCUUGCUCCGUUUUUAUAAAACUUAUUAUUGCCUAAAGAUUACCAAUCUAUUCCUCCAAACUCAAAUCUUAUGACUGGGAUUAAAAAAGAUUCCAUAAUUAAGUUGUGUGAUGAAGUUUAGAGAAUUCUCGAAAAGGAGCCUAUCGUCUUAAAACUAAGAAGACCAAUCAAAAUAUAUGGAAAUUUGAAUGGUUAGUAUUUAGAUCUAAUGAGAUUCUUUGAUCAUUUCAAAGCUCCAUAUGAUAAUCUUUACAAUGGAGACAUUGAUUCUUAAGAUUACUUAUUUCUGGGAGACUAUAUUGACAGAGGCACAAGAUCUCUUGAGAUAAUUCUACUCUUAUUCACGCUAAAGGUAAAAUACGGAGAUCAGAUUCACUUAUUAAGAGGACAUCAUGAGGAUCCAAAAAUUAAUAAGAUCUUUGGAUUCGCUGAUGAAUGUUUUUUAAAAUAUGCAGAAGAUAUCAAUGAUCCCAAUAGUAUCUAUCAAAGAGUCAACAGAGUAUUUUAAUACAUGCCAUUAGCUGCGGUAAUAGAGGAUAAAAUAUUUUGUGUUCAUGGGGGUAUUGGAUAGACGAUACGUACAAUCGAUGAAAUUGAACUCAUUCAAAAACCUCUCCAAAUUGUGCACGAUCCUGUUACGGUAAUUUAUUAAUAAUAUAAUAAUUUUAGUAUCAACAGAAGAUUGCUUUAGAGUUAUUGUGGUCUGAUCCCUGUUUAAAUGCAGAAGAAUUGGAAAAUUAACCGAAUGUUGAACGAGAUCUCUUUUAAAAUAAAUCUAUAAUUAGAUUUGGGAACAGUAGAAUCAACAAAUUUCUUUAGGAAAACAAUUUGAAUAUGAUAAUUAGAUCUCAUGAACCUACAAAUGAAGGAUUUGAAAGAUUAAACAAUAGUGUAAUCACUAUAUUUUCUUGUAGUGAUUAUGGCAGUUGUGGCAAUAAAGGAGGUAUUUAAAUCAUAACAAUAUUAUCCUAGCCAUUCUUUCUAUAACAAAGCGAGGAGAUAUCAUCCCAAAGGUUAUUCCGACUGCAAAUAUUAUCAAUGAGGCUAGAUGGCUGAAUUUAGAAGAUGCCGCUUAAAGAACUCAAGGAUUUGUCAAAUAUGUGGACAUCAAUAAUGAUGAAUUAAUUUACAGAAGGAGACCAUUUACUCCUUCGAGAUAGAAAAG